GCUACAUAUAUCUCUUGUCGUUUUUACGUAUCGUUUUUCUUGUUUUAUUGUGGAAAUUAUGUUCAAAAUUUGCUCGGAUUUUCCGAUAUUCUUCAAGUGAUUAAUUAUUGACUCUUGGGUUUUUUUGAAGAUCGUUUAAUGCACUGUUUUGAUAUUUUAUUUAUCCAUGUUUAUUUAGUGGUUUGCAGAAAGUUUGCUGCCAGCACUAUUUAGAAUGACAACAGAGCAGGGACAAACAAAUGUGGUGAGCACAGGUGUAGAAGAACCAUUGGAUUUAAUUCGAUUAAGUUUAGAUGAACGGAUUUAUGUGAAAAUGCGCAAUGAUCGUGAGGUCCGAGGUCGUUUGCAUGCGUUUGAUCAACAUUUAAACAUGAUAUUAUCUCAAGUAGAAGAGACAGUAACCACCGUUGAAUUGGACGAAGAAAAUUUUGAAGAAAUGCAUAAACAGACGAAACGUCAGAUACCGAUGCUGUUUGUUCGAGGUGAUGCCAUUAUACUUGUUGCUCCGCCUCUGCGACAUACAUAAUUUCGUUUUUUUGCUUACCACUUUGAUUUGAUCAUUUAAUUUUUGCUAGUUAAAGUUCGGAUGGUUUUACAUAAUUCCUGACACUCUUUGAAAACUCUUCCUACCUAAUCAUCUCAUACUUUUUUCACACUGCCUUUUGAUCGCAGUCCGUAAAGCAGAGAGAGUCUUCUGCGCCACUUUAUUUGUGGGAAUGCCAAUUUGCUUAUCAUUGGUAGCUUUUUUCUUUUGGUUAUCUACAGCUGUGCACUUGUCCUUCUUUUGAUAAUUUCUUUACCAUGAUUCAUUUACGUAUGAUUUGUGUCAUUUCGUGUAUUUUGAGGAAUAUUUAUUGUUUUCGAUGUUCUCUGCACUUGUGAAUGGGCAUUCAAGUUUAGAAACAGUGCUUUGUAUCAGUUUAUCCCACUCCGAUAGUGUAUUUAUACGUUGUUUUUUUUAAUGGUAAAUCUCUGUUUCAUUUUUUAUACGGUCAUUUCUCUGGUUUUAUGUAUUACUUACUGAUUUGUGGAAUGUAUAUUAUGGAAUCUCGGCUCACAAAUUUUCUUUACGGUAAGAGUAAAACUGAAAUAAAAUCCACCGC